UCCCCUGAAAUUCGCACCCAAAAUAAUCGACCCAAAAAAGAUCAAAAAACCCUAACCGCUCCGAUCAAAUCAUCGAAGGGUCGCUUCCCACGCCCAUUUCUCCGGCGACCUCCAAAUCCCGAGAUCGUGUCCCCUAGUGAUACGAUCGGCGCCGUUCCAUUCUUUGCGACGAUAUGAGGGCAACUCCGACCGAUCCGCCCACUGCGCCGCCCCCGGCACCGGCGAGGUCGAUGCUGAAGCGGCUGUUCGAUCGGCAGCUCCUGCGGGUCUCACCGGCGGAGAGACUUCCGUCGGCGGCGGUGGGAGAGAAGGAUGAGACUGAACCGAGCUCCGUGUGCUUGGACGGCAUGGUGCGCAGCUUCUUGGAAGACGGCGGCGUCGCGGUCGCCGAAAAGGCAGGACACGGCGGGAGGUACUGCAACUGUUUCCACAGCAGCGAUAACUCCGACGACGAGGACGACGAGGAAGCGGCGGCGGGGUCCGACAUGGCCGAGACGAUCAAGGGCCUCGUCCAGUGCGCGACGCUCCGGGAGCGCAACCUCCUCGCCGACGUCUGCGCGCACCUGGAGCGCCAACGCGCCGCGGGGGCGCGCCGGCGCGACCUGCUUCGCCUGGUGGCUGCCUCGCUCCGCGCCGCAGGACACGACGCCGCCGUCUGCGUCUCCCGCUGGGGCAAGUUUCCCUCACACCCGGCCGGCGAACACGCGUACCUCGACGUGCUCCUCCCGGCAGCGUCCGACCGCGGCGCACAUGAGCGCGUCCUCGUGGACGUCGACUUCCGGUCCGCGUUCGAGGUGGCGCGGCCCACCAAGGCGUACCGCGCCCUGCUGCAGCAGCUGCCAGCGGUGUUCGUCGGCAAGGACGACCGCCUCCGCCUCCUCGUGGCCGCCGCCGCCGACGCGGCGCGCGCCAGCCUCAAGAAGCGCGGCCUCCACCUCCCGCCCUGGCGCAAGCCCGAAUACAUGCGCGCCAAGUGGCUGUCCCCCUACGACCGCGAGGUGGCGCCGCCCGACGAGGCCGCCGCUGCCGAGGUCCAUGGGGAGGGAACCGCCGCCGCGUGACAAGAGACCAUUGUUGGAAUUUUUGUCUUUGAAGAGGGUGUAUCUGCAAAAGUACAUUCUCUUCAAUUUUAACCCAUUUUUUUGGGUAGUAUUUUGGACUACGAAGUGAGAGGUAUGCAUUACUGUAUUGUUAGUAUCACGCGAAAUAGAGAAAAAUUAUGUACUGUAGCGCUAGUUUUUUGAAGAGAGGUAAAAAAGAAAAUUUCGGAUUAACAUCCA